UGCGUCGACGUUUUGAUGAAGCCUCGUGGUCACACUACAAGACGUCGCGAUGAUGGGAUCGCUCUGGAGCUCACGCCUGAUUUAUGCGUGAUCAUAAACCCUGCCUUCCCCGUCCUCGAGUAUGUUGGAGCAGCAGCGCCCUUCGUCGUUCCGGUCUCGCUCCAGCACCGCAUCGUCCUCGUUCGAAGCUUGGCGACAAGCCUGUUUCCAUGCGCUAGGGACAGCAGGGAGUAGCCGUGCGCUGCCGCAGCAGGCGGCUGGCUCUAGCAAUGGUCUCCGCCAUCCCAUCCUCUCUAAGACGGAACAUUCACAGCAACAGCAACAGCAGCAGCAACAGGAGCAAGCGAACGGCAGCGCUUGGGUAGACCAUCCCGAGACAGCAGAUGAACAAGUCGCGCGGGAACGAUGCGAGGGCUGGAAGGAUGAACUGUUCCGGACAAGUCCAAUGGUCCGCUUCAUGGCCAAACACCUUUCCAUCGUGUCCUGCGACCCACUUGCCACCGAGUCUGCCUCUUCCUCGCCAACAGCUAGCGGUACACAAGUGCGUAUCCUCAUCGCAGCCUGUCCACCGGACAUCGCCGGAGGCUUCUCGCCUGCGCCGCCGGGGUCGCCGGCGGCCGAUUCGGGCAUCCUACUCUGCAGCAAUCGCAUGAUGAGCAAGACGCACAUGGAGGACACGCUGGCGCACGAGAUGAUCCACUGGUGGGACCACUGCCGUUUCCACGUGCGUUGGGACGAUCUACGGCAUCAUGCUUGCAGCGAGAUCCGUGCCGCUAGCUUGAGCGGCGAUUGCAACAUGAGCCGCGAGUGGCGCAGGCGUAACUUUGGUUUCACCAAGCAGCAUCAGAUAUGCGCACGAAGACGAGCGGUGCUCUCCGUCAUGGCGAACCCCGUCUGCAAGGACCGGGCGAUGGCCGAGCAGGUGGUCGACGAUGUCUGGCAAAGCUGCUUUAACGACACGAGGCCUUUCGAUGAGAUCUACUAGCCAAUUUCAGCAAAUUGCAUCCACGGUUGCUGGCCAGAAUGCCAUCUGUACCCUUAUAUAUACAUAGAUUCAAGGCAACGAGGCGUG